GGGAGUUUAGGAGUUAGUUGCACGAAUGCAAAUAAAGCAUUUUUAGAGAUCCAUUCCAGCUGUACCUGAAAUCAGUGAUUCCCUUUCCAGUGAUUUCAGCCUAAUUAGUUGCGUUGCUGGGCUUCUUUGUAACUUCCCUCUCACUUAAGGCACUUAAGUAUUUAUCGUCUUGUUUCAGUAGGGAUUUCUGCCUAUCCCUGUGUGAGAGGGAGAGAGAAAAUACAGCUCCAGCCAGCGUGUCCUGACAGUACACAGACCUGGUAUAAGGGCCAACAUUGCUGGCAGGACAGAUUUAGCCACCAGGGCAACUAGGACAGUUUAACCACCAUGGCAACUGAGCAGGACAGUUUAACCACCAAAACCUCAUCAUCACAGCAGCCAGCAUAGUUUGACUGGACAGGAACACAUAUGCAUCCUGUUGCCUCAGAGCACAUAGCCCUAGUCCUCUGCGCAUAUGCCCGGCCCAGGGUCAACUGACCACAUAUGGGCGAUUCAGACCCUCUAGACCUUCUAGUGACGGUACUGGGUGUGCAUCCCCAUCACCAAAUGGGAGGCGUGGGUAUGCAAAACAGUUCUGAGAACAACGCUAUAAAAGAUGAAACCAGCGGAGACCAGCGGGAAGGGAAGAAAGAAUAAAGAAGAAAGAAGAACAAAGAAAGAAGGACAUUCUCCCACCAGAUUCAAAGAUACAUCGGACUGACGGGAUGCCACAGAUCCAUGGUGGUAGCUAUCACAACUCUGUCUCUCUCCCUUUCUCACUCUUUUCUCUCUUUCUGUCCUUUUCCCCUGCCUACUUAUUGGCCAAAUAAAGUGACUUGUCACUUGACUCAGUUUUGAGUCUUAAUUCUGUUUCUGAGAAUGUAAAAGGAACGAAGUCACGAUAAAACAUUGGAGUUAAUCAGAAGUUAAGCCCAGCCGCCCCCAACCACCCUGAGCUACCUGAGGUUGGUUGGAAAGCAAGGGGGUUUAACCUCUGCCAAAUGGUCAGACCAACAGUGGAUCGUGACACCUGGGAAGGCAGUGCAGAUAUUAGGAGCUUCAGGCUCAUGCCUAAGCCCUGUCCUGGUCUCACACUUUAGAAAAGAGUUUUGCUAGAACUGGAGUGAAACCCUAGGGAGAAACACCUGGGCAUUUUCUCUGUAUUUUGGAGAUGUAAAAAGUAAUGACACAGCUCACUGCAAAAGCACAAACAGCCAGCCACAGCCUUCUUUUAGCUAGGUCCUCCCACACCAGACAUUUCAGAGGUGAAUCUUUUUCUCCCACAGCUUUAACUUAACUUUAAUAGUACAUUAGACCAUUUAAUCACUUCAAAUGCCUUGAGUAUACCGAGCAAAUACAAAAUCCCAGAGGUUAGUUUUUGAUCUUGCACAGAGAGAGUGAGAAACCUAUGCUGUGUGGGGGAGCGCAGUAGCCAAAAAAGUCUACAGCAGCAGGGCCCACUUCUCAAACCAUUAUAAACAGCUAGUCCUGCUACUUACAUUUAAUUUUAAUGCUGUCUACCUUCAUGUUAAUACUAUGUUAUACAAGCAAGCCCAGCUACAGAGAAUUACCGGCAUGAGGGUUUAGCCUCUGAGUAUUUAGGCAUGCAGGACUGCAUCUAGGCUUAGACCUCAUCAUAUCGAGAGCCUUCCUCUUUGAGGCAGGAGGGGGGUGGGGGGAGGUGGAAGCACCACAUUCAUUUGCAGCAAAGGAGGCACUUGAGAGGGAGGGGAAGCAAAAUGACUGAGGUCUAUAAAUACAGGAGAAUCUCCCCCACAGUCUUUUGAAUGCUAGAGAGGUGGAACCAAGGAUUAAGGCAGACUUUUGUGGGGUUUGUUUGGCAUUGAAGUUGAUUCUGAGCAUUUUCAGAUUUGUUAAUUUUUUUGGUUUGUAGUAGUUUGUAAAUAGUUUUUUCUUUGCGUGGAAAAAUGCGUAGGCUACUUCUGAAUAGGAAUAGCUAGCAGGAGUAAGACAUGCUUUUAAAAUUGGUUAGAGUUUGUUUUCCAGUAGUCUCUCCUUCUGGUAACACCCUUUGAUUUGUAAAGACUCCAGAGGUUGAUAUUGUGUGUUAAUUUCCUCAAGCAGGAGGGGAACCAGCCAGUCUAAACUCAAGAGACAGCCAGUUUGCCACAGAGGAACAACUCAGAGCAAUGUCCCUGGCUGGGGUAAGUUGUCUGGUGACAGGAGCAGGAGGAUUUCUUGGUCAGAGGAUUGUCCGCUUGCUGUUGGAAGAAGAAGAGGCACUGGCUGAGAUCCGACUGCUGGACAAAGCCUUUAGCAAAGAAGCACUCGGGAGACUUGGCAAGUUCCAGGGUAAGACUGAGGUGAAAAUCCUGGAAGGGGACAUCCGAGAUGUGACGUUCCUGCACCGUGCCUGUCAGGGUGUGUCUCUCAUCAUCCACACAGCUUCUAUCAUUGACACGUUGGGCCUUGUAGAGAAGCAGCUGCUCUGGGAAGUCAAUGUAACAGGUACUCAGCUACUGCUGGAAGCAUGUGUCCGCUGUAACGUCCAGCACUUCAUAUAUACCAGUACCAUAGAAGCGGCAGGCCCAAACUGCAAAGGUGACCCAAUUUUCAAUGGUGAUGAAGAUACAGUUUAUGAGGGUGUAUCAAAAUCUCCUUACGCCCAGAGUAAGAGACUGGCAGAGGAUUCUGUGCUGAAAGCAAAUGGCCAGGUGUUAAAGGAUGGUGGCACGCUGACGACUUGUGCCCUGAGAUCCAUGUACAUUUUUGGAGAAGGAUGCCCAUUUCUUCAAAGUCAUCUGGAUAAGUGUCUGUUGAACAAAAAUGUCUACCUGCGCAUCUCCCGGAAGGAGGCUUUGGUGAACCCCGUCUAUGUGGGGAAUAUCGCCUGGGCACAUGUGCAGGCAGCAAAAGCCCUUCAGGUCCCAGAGAAAGCCAAGCAUAUCAGGGGGAAGUUCUACUACAUCUCAGAUGAUACUCCUCAUAUGAGCUAUGCAGAUCUAAAUUAUGAGCUGACCAGGGACCUGGGGUUUGGAAUCGAGCCCCGGCUCCCCAUGCCUCUGAAAAUGUUGUAUUACUUCUCGCUGAUGCUGGAGAUCAUAAGCUUCUUGCUCAGGCCCUUUGUCAGAUAUAUCCCCUCCACCAACCGUCACCUGGUCACUCUAUUGAACACCCCAUUCACCUUCUCUUAUAGAAAAGCACAGAAGGAUUUUGGCUACAUGCCCCGCUACACAUGGGAAGAGGCCAAGCAGUGCACUGGUCAGUGGAUUGCCUCCAUGGUCCCACAGAGAAGGGAGUUCCUGAAAAGCAAGGCUGCCUAAGUCUUAAGAGGAGCUGAGACCUGGCUAAACAAGUAGGGCCUUGAGUCAGAGGAGAGCUGGGUGAAUAGCAGCAGCAGAUAACUACAAAGCAUUUAAAUGAAGACUCUGUGUAACAGCCCCAUGAUUCCCCCCUACACCCUCCCUGCCACAACUCAGAAUAAAUAAAUGUUCAUUUGUUUUGUUGAGUACAGGCUGAUCAGGGUAACUUUACUGUGUAGUCCACAACCACUUCUACAGCUUUUGCAGCAGAAAGGAAUUAUUUUAGGAAGACUCCACACAGUCUGUUGUGUGAACACAUCAGCCCUUCUUUUCACUCCACGGCGCCUUUAAGGCUUUUGUAAAGCACAAUUCAUCCUAGAACUAUGAUUACACUUUACAAAUACUACUCAGCUCACUCAGCUCUUGCCAGCCUUACCAAACACACGGCAGGUAGAAGCCACCUGUUUGCAAAAGCUGUUACAAAUCUGACUCACUUUUUCAAGAGCAUUGUCCAGUCUUGUAUGCCAUUCACUGGACAGUUGAACCUGAGAGCAAAUUUGGGCACUGUAAGCAUUGUGAGGCCAAAAGCACAACUUAAAUGCAACAUGAUUUUAGUUAGGAUGGCUUGCAGAGGGAGAGAAGGGGGAGAUUUGGUCAGGUGAAGACUUCCUCAUCCAUUCUUUUUCCUAGUUACCAAUUUUGCAAUAAACCUGAUGGCUGCCCAGCCGAACAACAGCUUCAACAAG